CUUGUGUUUCUCCGCGUCCUCUUUCCUGCUCCUCGCCAACGUUCUGUGGCUACGUUGCUGCUUCUGCGCGGGCCGAAGAAGUAGAGGAGCGAGAGCCAAGGCUUCGAGAGACGGAGGGGGCAAAUCUGCAAAGACAGGCAACAGCGGGCGAGAACGAGCGUGGUGAGAUGGAGCGACUGCGCGCAUGCAGAGACCCCUUCCGGCAAAGGAGACAGGUCAAGGAGGACUCGAAAAGGGAGACCAAGGAGACGCGAGAGAGACAAGAGGGCGUCUCGAUACCAGGUGGUCGAGGUCGGGGACAGCAAAAGACAUCGAAGAACGGAGGUGAAGCUGCGCGAAAGGGAACGGAGACAACAGAGGGAGAAGGACUCGGAGGAGACCGGGAAGACAACUGUGGGGAAGGACAACUAAAGGCAAAAGAGAUAAACGAAGGAGACCGAGAGAAAGCGGAGAGGACCGAGAUCGGGGACUGUGGAGAGGCAGGUGGCGCGGGGCCAAUGAGCGACGUCCCUGCAGAAAAAAGAAGGGGGAGAGACGAGAAGGAAGAGAAGCAGAUACGCAAGCUUCCUUUGGAGACAAGGAGAGAUCCAGAGGAACGAACGAUGGAGGCACAGAGGGCGCUCCAGAGUGACAACCAGAAACGAGAGCUGAGAGAGGAGAAGCGACGCUCUUCCGAGAAGCCCAGCCGAGAGGCGUUGAAAGGAGAGGAGGGAGAGACAGGGAGAGAGGGAGAACAAGACGAUACGCCCAAAGAGCAGAAGAAAGGAAACGAAGAGCUCGUAGCAGGUGUGAGAGGGAAAGGAGUAGAGGACAACCCGGCUGAGGAAGGAGAGGCGUCAAGAAAGGUGACCGAGAAACAGCGAAGCAUAAACUUGGGAAGAGAGAAGGAAGGACAGACGCUUCUCGCUCAGAAGCAAAAGAAACGGAGAAGUCAUCAGGCCACACACAGCAAGUCGCUGGACUCUGAAGCUGCACACGAGGAGAGACGAGACACCAGUGGCUGUGAAGCGACGGCGGCGAAGAAGACGAUUUCGAGAGAACAUCCACGCUUUUUGGCGAGGAAAGACGUCACAGACAAGGCUGGAAAGAAACCACCUGGUGGAGACAGACGCGUUCAGAGACAGGCAGCAAGUGCAGAGCGUGACGACAGCAGGGUCGUAAAAAAAACAAAGGAGAAAGCGAAAACGCGUGAGUGCCUUGUCGCUUGUGGCAAAGCGUCGCCGUCCUCACUGAGGGAAGGAGAAAACCUGAAACGUUGUGACACCCAGGGGGGGUCGCGUCACUACAGCGGCUUCUCCAUAAAGAUUGGAAGAAAUGUAAGACCUCUCCCAGGCUCUUCUUCUUCUUCUCUUGCCUCCUCCUCUUCGUCUCUCACGUUGGCUUCCUCGUCUCCGCCGGCUCGCGCGGCGAGUCGUGUCAGACGGAGCCUUUUGAAGGAGGGCGCUGGCGACGCAUGCAGCGGUUUCGCGUUCCUCUGCAGAGAUGCAAACAACAAGGGAAGGAGAACGCAAGUUUCUGCAGAGAACGGGGACAAGGAGAAGAAGCGAGAUCUGAACGAGAAGCGGGAGAUCAAAGAGAAAGGAGAAAUGAAGGAACAACUCCUACACGAGCGACUUCGGCGACAACAGGCAGAGCACCGGUGCGAGGAGCUCGCGGGGCGCCUACGCGAGAUGGAACGGGAUCUGCUUCACUACGCGUUUCUUCUGAAACGCGAGAGCAUCCGCCAGCGUCGGCUUGAAGAAGACAACGAAGGUCUCCUGCAUGCGCUCCAAGAAGCGCGUCUGCUUCUCAAAGCGGAAUCCGACAAAGUGAUGGUACACACAGUCCAGAGAAGAGACAGCAGCCGGGAUGGUCUCGUUCAUUUAACUGAGAGUGAAGCCCUCUUGAGCUCCUUGACUCAAAUGGCGCUAGCCACCCAGCGCGAGCCGCGUCCGCCCCCGCCGACAAGAAGCGAGGGUCCUCCCCGAAGCCUCAAGCCAGCUCAGAGCAGUGAGGAGCAAGAGCGAGAAAAGUUGGCAACUCUCCAAGAGAAAUUGGAGCGGGCGCUGGGUCGCCUCUCAGCGGAGGCCUCUAGGCGGCGAAUGGCAGAGGCUCUUCUUCGCAAGACCCGACAGGAGCUAGAAGAACAACAGAGAGCAAAGAUCACCAAGACCGAUGAAGCGCCGGGAGGUCUCCUGGAGUCUUUCUCCACCUUCUUGCUUCUCGUUGACGAAGGGAACUCGACACAGUCGGCAGUUUCUCCUCGCUCUUCUCCAGCGUCUUCUUCUCCCUCUCCGCAGCACUUUCACUGUGCUUCAGCCGGCUUCUCCGCUGCACAUGUAGCCGGUGACUCUCCCUUUGCUCUUCGACUCUACGAAGCUUCCGCGUCUCCCGUUGUGGAAGAAAGAGAGGACGCCUCACAGAAAAGCAUUGAGGAAGCAAACAGAGACAGCGAAGUUGAGAAGGUAGCAGCUGACGUUGAGGUAGACGAGGCAGGCGAAGCUGAAAAGGAAGAAGACACAGAGGAAGAAGAAGGAGAUGGUGUAGAAGAGGAAGAAUACGGUAGAAAAGAGAGCGAGGAAGACCAAGAAACUCCACAGUCUUUCGCGUCCCUCUCGUCCUGUGCUUCUUCCUCUCUUCCUGCCUCUCUGCCUUCCUCUCCUUCUUCCUCUCCCUGUUCGGCGCCUUCGUCUUCUUUCUCCGGUUCAUCGUCGCGUCUGCUCACACGUUCAUCUCUGGCAUCCAGUGUGUCUACUCCUCGCGCCUUCUCGCGAACUUUAUCCGCCUCGUCUGUCUCGUCUGUCUCGUCUUGGGAGGGUCGCAGCAGACUUGCGGUGCAUGAAACGGUUAGACACCGCUCCAGGGAGACCGAACCUCCCUCUCUGCCUCGUGGUUUGGGCGUUUCUGUUGAAGACAGUGAGAAGCAGAGCCGCCGAGAAAGCGCAAGAGAUUUCAGCGAGCUCAGGUACUUCCGUACGGCCCCGUCGAUCAGGAGGGGAAGAGAACAGAAAGUGGAACAGCCAAGGGAGGAAGAGGAGGAGCGUCACGCAGAGACAGGCGGCAAAUCACGAGCAGAAGCAGGCGAAGCAGGCGAGACAGAGACACCUAUUCAGCGCAGGGGGGUCGGCGAGUCUCCUCACGCUGCGCGAAAAGAAAGAGGAGAAAGAGGGAACAGGAAGCUCGAGAUAGAUGGCUGGAAUCGAGCAGAAGAGGCAAAAGAAACGCAGGACGCGAGAGACGUCCAAGGAGCGGCCGCCGGGAAAGAAGAAGACGCAGCAGAGACGGUGUGGCGAGAGAUGCGGGGUACGCAUGCUGGAGACAUUUUUGCAGGAACCAAGAACAACGAAGAAAAAGGGAGACACAGUGCUCACUCCGAGGAACAGGAGCAUCACGAAAUGGGAGUAGAAGACAAACGUCGAGAAGACGAUGCGAAGGAAAAGGAAAAGAAAAGAAAAGAGAGGGAAACGGGAGGAGACUCAGAAGGAGAACGAGAACAAGUCGCGCAAGAGGAAGAAGAAAAGGGAGAAGAAUCCGGAUGUACCACGCCUCGAGAAUCCGGAGAGGAGAGAGAGAGCGAUGAAACGAAAGAACAAACACGCAGGAGGAGGGAAACGAAAGUGGAAGCAAGAAAAGGACGUAGCGACCAAGGCACCGUGCGUGCAGCCCCGGGACAGGUUACAUGGUGGGAGAGGAAGGCCAUCGUAGCGGCGAGAGAAUUCUUUCUCUCUCCCUUCAGAGGCCAUGCGUCAGAUCCACCGACAGGAGACAGGAGAGUCGACUCGCAGAGGGAAGGAACCGCCCAGAGCUCCAGUCGGCGAGGCGACGAAGCGGCAGGCGCACCGUAUGCAGACGGGGAGGACGCAGACCAGCAAGGAGACAGCCAGGUCAAAUCUCGCGACUGUGGAGGCAGUCAAAGAGGCAGGCGAAAGCAUUUGAGAACAGUGCGAAGUGCGUCGGGGUCAAGAAUGCGGGUGAAGACCCGAAAGGUGGAAAGGCAGACGAACGAACCACCACACAACCACGACAGAUGUGCCAUGAGGCAUGCAAACCCCAGAGAGUUUACAGAUUCCCUUCUGGGUGUACCUACGGUGGAAGUUGUCGGGGCAUCAGAGAAAAGCGCCGCUUCGCCAAGAGACACAAUCAGCCGGAGCGGUGAGACGCUUCGCUGUUCCUCUGGUGGUGUCGGUGGAACGCGUAGGGCUCAACUCAUCACCUCGUCCCGGUCUCCUCCAUCGUCUUGCCUGCGAACAUGUCGGUCACCUUCCUCAUCGUCGGCCCGACCUCGGCCUUCUUUCUCUUCUCGGAGCGCUUGUGCACCUUUGCGACAAGCUCUCGCCCUGGGAUGCCGCUCUGGGCAGUCGUCAAGACAAGCGGGCUUGUCGUUCCCUUCCUCUUCUUGGAGAGAUUCGGGAAGCGACGGUGACCGCCGUGAGGUGCGAGGCGUCCGCAUCCGAGACACGAAGGAGACUGACGGAGAACGAGCGGAAGACGAAAGCAAGGGAGAGACAGAGAGGAGACGGCCGACGAGACGCGAACGAGAGGAAGACGAGAGCAAGGGAGAGACAGAGAGGAGACGGCCGACGAGACGCGACCGAGCGGAAGACGAGAGCAAGGGAGAGACAGAGAGGAGACGGCCGACGAGACGCGAACGAGAGGAAGACGAGAGCAAGGGAGAGACAGAGAGGAGACGGCCGACGAGACGCGAACGAGCGGAAGACGAGAGCAAGGGAGAGACAGAGAGGAGACGGCCGACGAGACGCGAACGAGAGGAAGACGAGAGCAAGGGAGAGACAGAGAGGAGACGGCCGACGAGACGCGAACGAGAGGAAGGCGCGGAGAAGAGAGAAACAGAUUCGAGACACCCGGGCGACACAUCCCUAGAGAGAGUCGGUGACUCGAAAGAAGUGCGUCAAAGCUCAAAGGACGAACCGGCCAGUGGGUUUAGAGAGAAGUACGGAGACUUCCAGUUGCGAAGAGAGAUUCGCGAGGAAGCGUUAGAAGGCGGAGUAUGCAGUGGAGAGAACAAACAGGGGCGAACGGCCAGGAGACAAGAGGACACAGAGAGAGACAGUCAUCCAGGAAGAGGCGGCGGAGAGAUACCCCAGAGACAGAACGACGGCGUGAAUUUGGAGACCAAACGUCAGGGGCCAGGUGACCGUCACACGCUGGAACGAGAGGAGGCGAGGCAUCGACAAGCGUCGUCGGUUGUGGUGAGGGAAAGCCUGGAGGAAAAUACCCAAGAACGUGCAUCUGAGGAAAAAAGCAACAAAGAUGUAUCAGGUUUAUCGAAACUGCUAUGUUAUCAAAACCUUCGCGAGAGAGACCAUCGUCCUUCAUCUUCUCUCUGCUCCACGCCAAGUCGACAGAGUUGCCGCCUCCAGGCAAAAGCAGCCUCUUCGUUCUCCACUCAGCUUCCCGCCUCUUUGGAGAUGUCCUCUGCUUAUGGUUGCGGUCGCUUGUCUUCUCACCCUUCUGCGAGGCCUCUUUCCUCGCCGCCCUCACGCAAACAGUCGCCUCUUUCUCCGAGUUCUCCGUCUGCGCCUCUUCCUCCCGAACACGUAAGUGGAAAUCUCAGGCCCUUCUCUAAAGAACUUCAUCCGGGCAGUGCGUGCUCUACGCCAUGGACACCCACACAGUCAAAAUAG